AGGAGAGUCUGUAGCGCGUGGAGUCGAGAACACCGAGGACUCGAGUACGUUUAUUCCGGAAGUUACCUGUAUUCGUAAGUCUCAACCAUCGCCGACUUGCUCGUCAAGGAAAAGGCAAUGUCCGCGGAUGCUGAGAUGUCAUCUCCGCUCAAGAAGCCAGUCACUAACGGCAAAGAUGUCGCGAAGGAAGAUGGGAGCACGCUGUGCACGAAAUGUAAGCAUCCAGUGAAGUCCGCCGAGCUACCCGAGAAACCUGAAGAAAUGACCUCGAAAGACUACUAUUUCGAUUCGUACGCUCAUUUCGGCAUCCACGAGGAAAUGCUCAAGGACGAGGUCCGCACGUGUACCUACCGCGACGCCAUGUACCAUAACAUGCAUCUUUUCAAGAACAAAGUCGUACUCGACAUCGGCUGCGGAACCGGCAUUCUCUGCAUGUUCGCUGCGAAAGCCGGUGCGAAGAAGGUGAUCGGCAUCGAGUGCUCAGGGAUCAUUCAACACGCGCGAGAAAUCGUCGAACUCAACGGUCUCGACAAUGUGAUCACCCUGGUGAAGGGGAAAGUCGAGGAACUCGAAGGACUGCCGGACGGAAUCGAAAAGGUGGACAUCAUCAUUUCGGAAUGGAUGGGAUACUGCCUAUUCUACGAGUCGAUGCUCGACACCGUUCUCUACGCGCGCGACCGUUGGCUGGCGCCGGGUGGCGCCCUUUUCCCCGACAAGGCCAAGCUUUUCAUCUGCGGAAUCGAGGAUCGCCGGUACAAAGACGACAAGAUCAAUUGGUGGGAGGACGUCUACGGUUUCGACAUGAGCUGCAUGCGCAAGGUCGCCAUUUCCGAACCUCUCGUCGAUGUUGUUGAUAAGUCUCAGGUGUGCACCAACGCCACAGUCAUCAAGGAAAUCGAUCUGUACACCGUGGCAAAGUCCGAACUCGAUUUCGAAACGUCAUGGUCGCUUCGCGUAUUCCGCGACGACUAUAUCCACGCCCUGGUGGCGUUCUUCAAUGUCGAAUUCUCUCGUAGCCACUCCCGUAUCGGCUUCUCCACCGGACCAGAGGCUCCGUACACUCAUUGGAAACAGACGGUGUUCUAUCUCGACGACUAUAUGGUCGUCAAGCAGAACGAUGUGAUCCACGGCUCAUUCAGCAUGAAGCCGAACGCUCGAAACAAUCGUGAUCUCGACAUGAAAAUCUCAAUCGAGUUCGAUGGAGAGCUCUCGCAGAUGAGGGCGAGCCAUGAGUAUAGGAUGCGCUGAAUAAAUACGAAUGGAGGAUAGGGAAACAACUUCGACGAGAGCAGCAGCCCGGGUGUUUUUCAAAUGUUUGUGAUUUGUAGCGGUGUCGUCAACGACGAACUGAGAAGGACGAUCCAGCGCCUUCUUCUGACAAGCACCAGAUCCUUUUCAUUUUUUCGCCGAUCCUCGACUGGAACCAAGUCUUGCGUAAAAGGCCCCGAUCCGAGUCUGGGAACCCGCUUCUCAAUCAGCUCUUUGUAUAAACGUUUGAUUGCACACUUCAGUGAUGAUAUCACUCUCUUGGAUUCCUUCCGGUUUUCUCCCCUCGGGUGACUCGCCCGCGAGAUAUUCUACUGAUAGAAGGUCAAGACUAUAAUGUGUAUAAAUAAAAUGUAUACAUCAUUAUAUAUGAUUU